AUGAUCGCAUCUGAGGUUUUGCACGAUUUUUGGUCUUCCCUCAACGAUUUCUCUCUCUACAAAACCAACCACACCGACCAUGGAAUUCACUCAAACUAUCGUUACUCAUUUGCUCUACCAUUUGAAAGAGUCGAUGAGCCGGUUUUGAUCACAAAAUUUUUGCAACAGAACUGGGCGCACACAAUCACCAUAUCUGUGAUAUAUUUUGCAAUCAUCAAAUUGAUCCAGUCAUAUUUGGAACACAAAAAAGCAUUCGAUCUUCGCUUGCCACUUAUUUUCUGGAACGCUUUUCUUGCUUUGUUCAGCAUUUUUGGUUUUAUUCGAUUUGGAGAGGAUUUGUUUUAUUCGCUGCAACACCGUACACCCUAUGAAUGGAUUUGUUAUUCUUGUCAUCCAAAUGAUGUCGCUGCCUUCUGGAGUCUACUUUUUGCGAUAUCCAAGAUUUUUGAACUCGGUGACACGCUUUUCAUUGUUCUACGCAAAAACCGCUUAUAUUUUUGCAUUACUACCAUCAUGCGGCUGUUCUCAUUUACACAGUUCACGCAGGAGCCGAGCAUACAGCUGCCGGGCGAGCUUUCA